AUGCUUUGCGCCGUCAUCACGUUGCUGUUCGCUGUGGCAACAGCCCUUGCUGAUGGAAGUUCGAGGAGUACCUUCGACAGUCUCAAGGCUCAGAACAACUUGGCUUAUACUCCUGAAGAAGAGCUUCAGCACUUCAAUCGCUUCGAGGAAGAGCUACAAGCCAGGCCUGUGCCGUUGUCUUCCGAUGAGCUGGCAGAGCUGUACGAGGAGACAAAACCAGCUAUCAUGCAAAGUCUCGUAGACGAGGUCAACUCUAAACAGAAUCUAUGGACGGCGUCCACUGAACAAGGGAGAUUCUACG